AUGCCUGCGAUGAUCCACCGCCAUGAUGGAAUAAACAAAGUCCCCGAAAUUUUAUGCACAUGGACAAAAUACGUAGUAGAGUCGGCAAGCUUGGACAUCCGUCACCGACCACUCGGUGGUCAGGUUACUUACUGUGUAUCUAGUACUGACGUCUCCGGCGGAGCUUGCGAGCAACAGAGAAAGAGGGAGAGGGUUGUGGAUGAAUUAGGAUCCGUUGGGGUUUGUCAAAUAGAGGAGCAAUUGUAG